GUGCACAAUGUCAUGAACGGCGAUUGCUGUGGGAGUGCUGUGUAUUUUAAACAGGAAGGUUCAUAUCUGUGUUGUAACGAUAAUCUGGCAAGAAAACUGGCUUCAACAGAUAUGUGUUGUGGAUCGACAGUUUAUGAUGGAGGACGUCAACAGAUUUGCUGCGGCGAUAGGAGUCAGGCGGACUCAUGCUGUACACGUAACAAUGGAAGCGAGGUGGAGUUUCAAUCAAGGACCGAAUUUUGCUGUAAUGGAGCCGUUCGCAAAGGCACAGGCCUUUUCUGUUGUUAUCUGCGCAUGAAUGGCGUUUUGGUAGCAGAAUCAUAUCGGAAUCAAACUCAUUGUUGCCGAUUUCCUUUUGAUAUUAUUUAUCAAAAAAUUAAUGGUGAUUGUUUGAGUCAAGUGAGACCACAGAUCUUUUAA